AUGGUGGUUCCGGGGAGCUUGCCGAUGGGUUGCUGCGCCUUGUACCUGAACAAGUUCCAGGUAGAAAACCAAGAGAGCUACGAUCCCCGAACCGGGUGCAUAAAUUGGCUCAACGACUUCGCCAUCCGCCACGACCGCCUGCUGGUGGAGGAGUUGCAGCGCCGUCAGCGCCGGCAUCUGGAGGUAACCAUCAUGUACGCCGACGUCUACCACGCCACGACGGGAUUCAAGGAGCCUGUUCUUGCGGCGUGCUGUGGAUACGAUGGCGGAGCCUACAGAUUGAAUGCGACGGUGCCGUGCGGCAGCGAAGGCAGCAGCGUUUGCAGCGACCCGUCGAAGAAGAUAUGGUGGGACGGGGAGCACACGACGGAGGCGGAAGGAGGCUAUUAA